AUGGCUAAAGGGACAGGGGUCCGGCCUGCCACUCCCAGGCGAUGGGCCUGCUCCUUUGCUGCUCUGUCACUGCUAUGCCUAGCUGUCCAAGCAGUCCAGAAGGCAGACCUCGGCGGGGAGUCCGCGGUGGCCACCAUCAACCACUCGCUGUCCUUGCUGCAGCGACUGCAAGAGCUCCUGCAUAACGGGAAUGCCAGUGACACCACGCUGCGGGUGCGCACCGCCGGCUCGGAUGAAAUCAAGAUCUUUCACACCCACCAGCUGAUGCUCAGCUUGCAGAGCGAUGUCUUUGAGAGCCUCCUGCAGAACCAGACGGUGCUCACCCUGCACGAGCCGCCCGACGGCGCAGCCCUUUUCGAGAAGUUCAUAAGGUACCUAUACUGUGGUGAGAUCUCCAUACUUCUCCAUCAGGCCAUCCCACUUCACCGGCUGGCCAGCAAGUACCACAUCUCUAGCCUGCAGCGAGGGGUGGCUGAGUACAUGAAGGGCCACCUGGCCAGUGAGUCCAGCCAGGGUCACGUGGUGGGCUGGUACCACUACGCCGUGAGGAUCGGCGACGAGGCUCUCCAGGAGAGCUGCCUCCAGUUCCUGGCCUGGAACCUCUCUGCCGUCAUGAGCAGUGGCGAGUGGGCCUCUGUGAGCGUCGAUCUGCUGCUGCUGCUGCUGCAGCGCUCUGACCUGGUUCUGCAGAGCGAGCUGGAGCUGUACACAGCCGUGGAGGAAUGGGUUGCCACUCACCAGCCGGAGGACUCCGUAGUGCAGAAGAUGCUGAGAGCCCUGCGCUACCCGAUGAUUUCUCCCAGCCACCUCUUCCACUUGCAGAAGCAGUCUCCGGUGAUGGUCAGGCACUACAGCGCUGUGCAGGACCUGCUCUUCCAAGCCUUCCAGUUCCAUUCGGCUUCCCCGAUCCACUUUGCCAAAUACUUCGAUGUCAACUGCAGCAUGUUCCUGCCCCGCAACUACCUCUCCACCUCCUGGGGCUCCCAGUGGGUCAUCAACAACCCAGCCCGGGAUGACCGCAGCACCAGCUUUCAAACCCAGCUGGGGCCCAGCAACCACGACUCUGCCAAGAGGGUGACUUGGAACGUCCUCUUCUCCCCACGUUGGCUUCCGGUCAGCCUGCGCCCCGUCUACUCUGACUCCGUCUCUGGGGCCAUCCAGUCGAUCAGGAUUGAGGAUGGGCGCCCUCGCCUGGUUAUCACUCCGGCCACCACCAGCUCUGACUUCGCUGGUGUCAGUUUCCAGAAGACGAUCCUGGUGGGUGUGCGGCAGCAAGGCAAAGUCUUCGUCAAACAUGCCUACAGCUUCCACCAGAGCACAGACGAAGUGGCCGAUUUCCUGCUGCACGCUGACUUGCAGAAACGCACCUCUGAAUACCUCAUCGACAACUCUCUGCACCUGCAUAUCAUCGUCAAACCCGUCUACCAUUCUCUAAUCAAGGUCAAGAAGUAG